UCUCAGCAGGCAACAGUUCGCAGUAGUAUCAUUUACAAAAAGCGAAAUGGCAGAUGAAGACAGAGAAGAAAGGAAGGUUUCUAGCAACUGUGACAAGCAAGGAAAUUGUGAUUGGGCACAUCAGGAGCUUAUCUCCAGUGGACCCUCAGGGAUGACGAAUGCUGAUAAAGGUGGGCCAAGAUUCAGCAAAAGGAGUGUCAUCAGCGGUGCAAUAAUCUUGAUGACACUGUUGAUAGUUGCAAUUGGCUUCAUUAUUUUCCAGGCUGUAAAGUUAAGCCAUUGUCAAGUUACUCCGGGGCCGUCAGAUGAGUCUUCAUGUUCCCAAGACUGGGUUAAGACUGCCACAGCGGCCUACUUUUUCUCCACAGAAGAAGGGGACUGGAACUCCAGCCAGAACUACUGUACUUCCUGCAGCGGUUCACUGGUGACAAUUGACAAUCAACAAGAGAUGGAUUUCAUAAUGAGGAAAAGAGGCCUUGCCGAGUACUGGCUUGGCCUUUGGAGGGAGAAAUUGCAACAACCGUGGAAAACACCAAACGGUUCUCCCUUCAACAACUGGUAUACAAUUGAGGGCGGAGGGCUCUGUGCCUACCUCAACGAUCAAGUGGUCAGUUCCACAUGGUGCUCCAACAAUCGCUAUUGGAUAUGCAAGAAAGUUCUACAUGGUACUUAAGAUCCAAACCUCCAAGUGAAGUCUAGAAGAGCUGCCUGGCUGCUGUGUUUAACUGACCAAGAAUGAACCAAUUGAAACUAAAUGCUGAAAAGACAGAGUAUUUUAAUAUAGUUACAUAUUUAAUAUUGAUAGAUAUAUCUCACAUUAAUGUUUGCAUGUGUUUGGUGAGGCAGUGCACAGGCCAUACAGUAUUCAUGUGGCCCCUUUGAUUGCUGGUAGUGGCAGCUGUGGCUGCUUUUUUUUUUUAAGUAAUACUUUCCGCUUCUGAUAGAGUUCCACCUGGCCCUUGCUGAUUCCAUUAAGAGCCUUGGGGUUAUACUGGAUCCAGCAUUACUGCUUGAGAAGCAAGUCAAUUUAGCUACAAUUUUUUCUUCUUCCAAUUCAGUCUAGCCCAGGAGAUGGACUGUAUUAUGGGAGGGGGCAAUCUGGCCACCUGGAUCCAUGCCACAGUAACAUCAAGCCUAGGCUACCGUACUGGACUUUUUGUUAGUCUCCUCUCAAAAUCAACUUUGAGACUCCAGCUAGUGCAGAAUACCACAGCUCAGCUAUUAUUAUUACUUACUCCCGUUCUGCAGUCCAUUGGCUGCCCAUCAGUUACCAGGCACAAUUUAAGGUAUUGGUAAUCACAAAGAAAGCUCUUCACUUGGACCAAUGUAUCUGUUGUAUCUUGUAUAAAGGCACAUCAGCCUUUAUAUACAAUAAACAGGUUUUUAUUCAGCUAUCACUCUGGCUCAGCCUGAAUUUCUAGUUAGCCUCUUAAUCAAGCCUCAGCAGCCACCAGUUCGCUACAGGAACCCUGAAGGGCCAAGACAUCUGCAGGACCACUUCUCCCUCAUGUUUGGUCUCCACAGCUUUGCUCAUUUGAAUGCGGCCUUCUCCAGGUGCCAACCAGCAAAGGGGCAAAAUCAACAAAUGCCCAUACACAUGCUUUCUCUGUUGUGGACCCAGCCUUAUGGAACGGCCUGCCUAAUGAGGUUGAUUUCCACAAACUAUGUCUAAUAAGAGAGUAUGGGGGAAAUGUUGCAGAAACAGAGGGUGGAAAAGGUGCAAAUAGAUUAUCAGUGGUAAGCAAUCACUUUCAAAAAUUUCUCCAAGCUAGAAGUAAGAUACAGAAUCCAGAAGCGAAGUUGAAAGAAGAAUAUAAGUUAGUCCUAGAAUUGAUUAUGUUUUGCUUCAGUAUCUCACCUAUGUCUUGGAUCCUUGCUAAUGCUAUGUCUUUAAACUUGUAUAUGUUUACCUUAUGGUAUUGUAUUGAAAUGUACUUACUUGAUACUGAUUGUAUUAACCUCAUACUGUGUA